AUGCAGCUCGGAAUGGCUAUUCCGCCAGAGGAGAUGGCACGGCGACAAGCCGCGGGGCCCGGCAUCAAGGACGUCCUAUGGGCCGUGGGCCAAAAGGCGACGGGCAAGCGGCCGCGCCAACAAUGCUCCCAGCCCGUCGACGCUGAUGAGCUGCGGAAACGGCUCUACAUGGUGCUGUCGCAGCAGGAGCGCCAAAAGGAGAGGAAGCUGCUGGCCAUGAUUGAGGAGGCGACUCAGCGCGCCGCCGAGGAGGAGGAGGAAGAAGCUGCUGCUGCCGCUGCCGCCGCGGCGGCCAGACGUCAAUCUGCCAGCAGGAGUUGGAAGCCGACGGUUGUGCGUGGCACAUCAGUCAAGGCGCCAGAGUCCCUCGGUAUGAUUAGAGACUCGAUGAGGAAAAGCUCAGAAGAUCCCUCGACCUCGUCGUCAAGGAGGACGACGCAGGAGACACAGCGGACAAGGGCCGGUUCAAACAACAGCAAUAACAGGACGGUGGCAGGUGUAGGAAGCGAGCAGAAGCAACAAUCGCCGGCGCCAUAUGUACCUCAAGAGGCCGCGCUGCAGUUUGCGCGCACAGCGACACCAAUGCAAGCCAAAGUAGGCAAGGACCGCAAAAUUCACGAGCUCUCGCACGAGGCAUUACGGGUACACACCGAGGGGCCGGCGCUCGACAGUAGCAAGACGCUUGCGGGCGCGCGGGCACUGCGCAAGGUCCAGAGCGAGCGCGAAAAGCUGCGCUCGCGAAACCAAUUCCAAAACAGCGGCGCCAUUGAAGAGACGCGGGCCGACGACACAAUAUCGUCGCGGCAGCAGCCGCCUGCCACCCAGAGAUACACGAUACCAAACGAGAGCACUGCCAACAAGCGCUUUAGCCUGCGCUGGUCACUGCAACACCACGACCUGCUGCACCCGGUCAAGACGGGCGAGUCGGACGAGCUCGCGCGCCAGGACUCCCAGGCCGCCGCCGCCGCCCACGAGCACCGCAUGGUCGACUGGACGCAGAGCGACGAGACCGACGACAAGAGGCGCGGUCUGCGCAGCCCGCUGCUCAAGCGGGCCGACUCCCUCUGGGGCCUCAAGGACAAGCUGGGCAAGCUCGGCCACGAGCAGCCGCGGGAGCAUCACCACCACAACACAUCGAGCGACCUGGCCGAAAGGGUCGACGCCAUUGUGCCAAAACCUGUAAAACGAGGCAUCUGGACAAAGUUUCGGAGGCACGCGGCUGCCAUCCAUGCUGCUUAA